AUGCAAUCUUCAAAACUGUCUUUCACUCUAGGAAAAUUCCUCUCAUUUAAUUCCAAACAUUGCGCCCUUCUAUUUCCUGUCACUCGCUACCUUGCUACUGCACCGCUCCUCCGCUCCUUCUACGCCAAACCCCGGCGCAUUUCAUUUGUUUAUCGCGAUAGCGCUUGCUCAACAGCUUCCCGAGUCCCUACACUGGCAGACCUACCCCUCGAACAACUCAGCCUCUAUCAUGUCGUCGACUCCUGUCUAUCAUCCAUUCUCGUCUUCUAUGGUGCCGUCUCCACCGCCAAUGCCACUGUGAGCAGUUCUCGCAUCCAGGCCCAUAUAUUCACACCCGCCGGGUUUCAAAGUUAUCCUCGAAUUACGGUGUCCCCAGCUGCCCCCGUGUAUGCUGCGGUCAACCACCUCCCCCGCGAAAAACAAGGUGAUGAGGUGUGUCGCGGACUGGCAGUCAGUAUGCUGAGGUACUUUGCCGAGCUGUCUGAACCGGUUAAACACCGUCUGACUGGGGUGGCUCGGGCUGGAAGACCGGGAGGAAAGGUUCCUAAGAUGUUCGAUGAGAUGCAUGCGGCGGAUCUCGCCAAUCGGAUGACAAAGGUGGAUGAUUCGCUGGAGAUUAUUCAGGAUAUCCGGAGCGCAUAUCAAGAACGUAAGGUUCCAUGGAUUGACAUCGAUGUGGUGCUUCCUACGGGUACUAUACAGCCAUUUCACCGGCGAGAGAGUGUGGGAUCAGACCUUGAGGGGAGUCAGAAUCCCCAGUACGGUCCAUACACACCCCUGAUAGAGGCAUUGGGAGAUCCUAUGUUUUUGCCAACAUCUCGACUGAAGCGUGCGCCGUCUCAGCCGACCAAUGUCAGCAAAUCGCGCCUGUUCGCAAGAAGCCAGAAAGAAGCCCUUCGUCUCACCAUGUGUGAGCUUGUGGACACCGAAGAGAGAUAUGUUGCCAAACUGUAUUCUCUUGUCCAUGAAGUGGCCGAUGAGUUUCGACAAAAGGCUGUGAGCAGAGGUCCAUCAAGCAACAGCCCCGACGAGGCAGCCUUGGCGGCAUUGUUCCCACCAUGUUUGAAUGAAAUCCUGGAAGUCAACCUGGGCUUUCUCGAUGUGAUUCGACAAGUGCUGGAUGAAACAGAGAAAGAUGCCAUCACAGAUAUUGGUCAGGACACAGAGCUUCCUUCCAAUCAUCGGGGUUUGCCCAGAGAUAGAGCAGAUCCGCUUGGAGCUCUAGCAUUCGCAAAGGCGCUCUUUGAAUGGCUGCCACAAUUUUCACAGCCAUACGGAGACUAUAUGCGAGCACAUACAGGUUUUACGCAAACUCUGAAUCUCUUCAUGAAAGACAAGAAUUCUAGCUUUUCGAAGAGAGUAUACGAGACGGGAGAGCAGAGACUGCGCUCUUUGUUGAUGGAACCCGUUCAGCGGCUACCUCGAUACAGUCUGCUGAUUGACACCAUGACUAGCAAUCUCCCCUUGGUCCAUCCUGCCGUGCGAACUCUGCUGAAAGCACGCGACAUUGUGAAGGAUAUCUGUGCACUAGAUAAUAAUUCUCCAUCAAGCCACGCCCAAAGCCUUCAACGCCUGAAAGAGCUGGUCAACGGAUGGCCAGCGAAGACGUUCCCUGAAGGUCGGCUGAUUACCGCAGUCGACUUCAGCGAAAUUACCCCUCCCUACCAUCUGGAAACACAGUCAUCUGGUAACAGCACAGGUAUCAUGCUUCUUUAUAAGAACUGUCUGGUCCUUCUGGCAAAACCCGCCGAAAGCCGGGCCACGGCCCGUGGUGUGCUGGCUGAUAUCGACAACGCGGCCGCUUCAACCACCGAUAUGUCCACAUCUUUACCGCGAUCAGAACUCCAGGUUGUGCAGGUACUAGACUUCCAUAAUGUGCGUUGUAUGCAAUCCACAUGUGGCCGGAUUUUGUUUGUUGUGCCAAUUUCAGCCAAGUCCAUGCCAGAUGAGACAAGCGCCGGAGCUGAACUGCUUGCAUUGGAAUUGGCUGGAACAUAUGAAGGAAGAGCCAACCGACUGAUCGAAGAAAUAUCUAAGGCGAAGAUUGAGGGUCGAUUCCCCGAGAGCGAAAGAGAAGGGGGCAAGUGGACACUACGAAGCCCUCCCACCGGAGCUGCGAGUAACGUGGGAAUGCUGGCCUGUGUCUGCGAGGACGGCGAAAGCGCCGCGCUCAGCCGUAUUCAGUCAUCUCCCAUACGAGUUGUGUUUGAUGCAUCCAAGGCGACCUGUGGUCAAAUGUUGAGAGAUUCUAAUCUCGAGGUCAUCAUAUCGAUAUCUCCCCCAAAUGGAGAUCAAUACAGACUAGAUAUCGAUUCUGUAGUUGGAUCUGGGUCUACGGAUUUGAUCACAGUGGACAAGUUCAUUCCCACUCUUUCACGACGUCUCCAAUAUUUGCUCUCGCCUCUGCAUAGUCCCCGAAACUCAGCAUUGACGGAACCACUGGUUCAUUCCAAUUUUGAAAUCCUUCGGUAUAUCGCCAGCAGCUUAAUCACGCAAGUCAAGUCAUCGCGGGGCUUCCGGCCACCUUCGCCAACCAAACUGAUCUCAAAUCUGUUGGGAGGUAGCCGUGAUAAUGUUCCCACGCUCAAAGGGCCAGGAUCGGCCACUCUUACCGGCGAAUUCCCAAAGAUGCCGCCGCCAAGAGGCACUUUGUCGAGAUCAAACACUUUACCUUCAACAUUCCCCGGAAAAGAUAAAGAGAAGGACAAGGACAAAGAGAAGGAAGAAAACGGGAGUAAAAUAUCUGUUGUUGGGACAACCGCCUCCAAUGGAUUGGAUACCCAGUUCGGGUUGCUGGAACAGACAUUCGCAGCUUAUGUACUUUCUCUGCAGUCUCGGAGUGGAAACAUCCUGGGCAGAAUGCUUCGGGUCAGAGAUCAGGUUGACCGGGCGCCGGUGAAUGAGCUUUACAACAUUUUGUUGGAAGACCCAAGCAGAAUCCAGGCUGCUGCUGAGGUGCCAGUUGAUACACUUUUCGUCGCAUUUGAAACCUUUCUGGCGAACGCUUGGAGAAGAAGUAUGGGCCCUAUCUUGAGCUCCUCUUCUCUAAAAUGGGUCCAAAGCCAGUUUGACACCAUGAUACCACGAGAUUUUGAUGAGCAGUUCCGGAAAUUCGUGACAGACAUGAGCCCGCAGAACAGACGAGCUCUAGCUGCGAUUAUUCGACUACUUGCCGAGCUACUCGAUGCAUCUGGUAAUGAUGGAGAUCGCGGUGCUUUGACGAUGGCAUUUGCAGAGGUACUCACCGAAGACGGAGAUCCAAGCCACCAUGUCUCUCUUUUGGAUCGACUGGUUGAAGACUUUGACAACCUCUUUGAGGAAUUCCUUCCUGGGGGUACCUCGGUGGAAGGAACACUCACCUAUGGGCAAUCGAAAUCUCAUACUAAUGCCGGGGAUACCUCGAAAAAUGAAGGCGAAAGCAAAGUCGCAUCAAUUCUACGGACAUUGAGCAAAAAGCAAAGCCCGGCCGGCUCAGAGCCCAAUACACCCAAGGGCAGUCUACUACGUUCGAAGUCGACUGACGUGGACGCUCGUCUCGGGUUCCUUCGCCCUACAUCUCGCGAUCGUCCUACAUCUCGUGAUCGGCCUACAUCUCGUGAUCGCCCUUCGACUCGCGAUCGUCCGUACGGGUUCGCAUCCGAGGAGCAACUUUCGAGGCCAGGGACCGGUUACGAAAAUCCGCCUUCUCUAUCUUCCUUCCGAGGGUUCUCUGAAGAUGCCGUGCCAAGGACUCGCAGAAAACGAAGGAGCUCUCUUUCGGAUCUACGACCACCCACAUCAUCCUCGGAUGCAUCCAGUAUCUCUCCGACUCAACAGCUCCGCCCAACGACUCCGCGAGGAGAAGUGGUAACGCCCACCAAACAAUCCAGGCCUCAGAGUAGUUACAUACCAACAUCACAAUCACCUAUGCGCGGUCAAUCGCCAAUGCGUGGUCAAUCACCAAUGCGUUCUAAGCCAGCGGCAAAAUCCAGUUCACCGACGCGACUAGGAUCACCCAUUCGCCGUCUGUCUCCGCCCCGUCCUUCCACGCCGAGCAGGAAGGAGAACAUUGAUCCCAGAACUCCACAGACGGAGCGUACGUCCAAGGCCAGGGGCAGUGUAUCAGAAUCGCCAGUAGAAGAGUCAAGGAGGCGAUCCCACGUGUCAAGCAUCCCUCAGCGGACUCCGGGCCUUCGAGAGCGGCCAACCACCAACGCUCCCGAUAAUAAGCGGCCCCAAUCUUCGUCUUCCUUGCAAAAACCACAGAAACCGCGGAUGCAAAGCCCACAAAAGUUACGUGAUCGUGUUCAAGUAGAAAAGAAGACCCAAGCCUCCACUCAAUUGGGCCUGAAAGACGAGCUCUCAGAGCUUGGUAACGAAUUACGUUCGCUGAAGUUCACACCACCAAGGCAAUCCAAUGCACUGAACCUUGAGUUUGAUUUUGACCGUACAGACGCCAAUCCACCUUCUGCUACCGCCGCAUCCCUUGAAGCUCGCAUGCGCAAGCUUGAAGCCCGAGUUGAGAUGCUUGCCGGGGAGUAUAAUGGCCGCACAACCGCUCUCGAACGAGACCUGGAGUCGUCCUUGGUCCUUAGCGAGAAGCGCGUGAAGAAAUUGGACGAGCUUUAUCGCGAGGCAAGCGCCGAGAACGAGGCUCUCUAUGAUCGGUUUAAUACCGAGCUCAGCAAGAUUGCAAAGGACGUCCGAAUGGGCCACGCAGAAGACGCCUUGAAGUCUCAGCUGGCGAGUGCUCUAGACGAGAUCGGCCGAGUGAAGAAAGAAAACUUCCGCUUGAAACGAGAAGUCGGAGGUCUUCGAGCUCAGUCAGCUGCCGUUGCACUGGUCAAGGCGAGCGAGCAAUAA